AUGACAGGCAUUGGAAGAUCAAUUAGAGCUAAGAAGUUGACUCCUAGAUUCAUGGGUCCUUAUGAAAUUCUAGAAAGAGUUGGGCCGGUAGUCUACAUGAUUGCUUUGCCCCCUCAGUUGGCCAAUGUUCAUAAUGUAUUUCAUGUAUCACAGUUGAAAAAAUAUCAUCCAGACCCCUCCCACAUCAUUGAACCCGAGGAGAUAGAGAUUUGGGAAAAUAUGACCCACAAUGUGGAACCAGAAAGAAUCGUAGAUGCUAGGGAUAAACAAUUAAGAAACAAAACCAUGCGACUUGUUAAGGUUGUAUGGAGGGGAAUGACCCCAGGGGAUGCUACUUGGGAAACCGAAGAAAAUAUGAAACACGAACAUCCCUACUUGUUUGUUUCGGUAUGUGUUUAG